AUACGCGCGACGGUUGGCCGACCGACUUGCCUACGUACGAAUGGCGAGCCGAAGACCCGCGAGCUCUUUCAUUCGUUCCACACCCCCCUCUCCGGCUAUAUAAACGCGGUUCCCCACUCCAAGAGAACAGAUUCCUUGCCACGCCAUCGCCUCUCUUCUUCCUUAGAUCUCGUUUCCUCCCUUCCUCACGUCGCUUUCCUCGCUUGGCCUCUCGUUUCAGAUUUUAAUUUCUUAAAAAAUUUCAUCAAUGGGAACUGUGGUGGAUGCUUCUGCAACAACAAAUACAAGCAAGGAUGUUAGUCAGAACCUCUUGGGUGACAAGAAAGUCACAGUUGUGUUUGUUUUAGGCGGUCCUGGCAGUGGCAAGGGUACACAGUGUGCCAACAUCGUUGAGCAUUUCGGGUUCACUCAUCUUAGUGCUGGUGAUCUUUUGCGUGCAGAAAUUAAAUCUGGUUCUGAAAAUGGCACCAUGAUUCAGAACAUGAUAAAGGAGGGAAAGAUUGUCCCUUCUGAGGUAACCAUUAAGCUUUUACAAAGGGCCAUGCUUGAAAGUGAAAACAACAAAUUUCUGAUUGAUGGCUUCCCGCGGAAUGAAGAGAACCGUGCUGCAUUUGAGGAAGUUACAAAGAUAGUUCCCGAGUUUGUAUUGUUUUUUGAUUGUUCAGAGGAAGAAAUGGAGAAGCGUCUUUUGAAUCGUAACCAGGGGAGAGAAGAUGAUAAUAUUGAUACCAUAAGGAAACGUUUUAAAGUUUUUGGGGAAUCCAGCUUACCUGUAGUUGAGCAUUACAAUUCAAAGGGCAAGGUUAAGAAGAUUGAUGCUGGAAAGCCUAUUAAUGAGGUCUUUGAGGAUGUUAAAGGCAUUUUCUCCUUGUUGCAUGAAAAGGCAACCUAGAGCUGCAGGGAGGAUAAUAACAUCAUCAACAUAAUAAAAGCUAUUUUGCAGGUACCUCUGUAGAGUGCUGCCUAAAUACAGUUUUAGCACGGAUGAGUUCAUAUAGAAGAAAUUCAUUGCUCAUCUGAAUUGUGUCUUUGCAUCAUCAUACAAGCUUUAUUUUUUGGGGAGUGCUCAAUAAUGUCUCAAAGGUUGUUUACAGUAGUCCCUAGAAGAGAUACUUUAUUAAAUUUUUGCUAAGAUCUAUGAGACUUAUAGUUGGGGAUUUCUUUGAUGUUGUACCAGAUAUAUUUUUCUUCAUCAUCCUCCUUCCAUUGAAUUAAUAUAAACCCUUUUCCUUAUUUUAUUAUAUCUUAGUUACAUCUUUUCAUCUUAUUUGUAUGACUGUAUCUUUGAUAUUUGCACUGCUAUAAUUUAUGUUGAAGUUGCAUUCAGCUACUUGCUUUGGCUUGCGCAAGUUUGAGGCCUAGCAUGUGGAUUUGACAUUCCUCUUCAGAUUUUAGGGAGCCUAGGUGGCGUAUUCAUGCUAACCUGAUCCCCUGUAAUACUAACUACUUUCACAUGCAUGUGGGAUGUAAUUUGAGGAUGCUCGGUGAACCUUGUUCAUUUCUUAUGUAUUUGCAAUUUGGUUGUAUGGUGUACCUGGAAAGCACUUCAUAAUAUUCAGUGAACAGAGGCAUCAAAUUUUUGAGAA